AAUUAAUUUUCUUUAUUCUAGUGAAUUAUUGUCGUACUUUUCCUCUUACGUAAUGUGAGAAUAUGUGUGAAUGUUAACAUAUUGGUUGGAUUUAUGAAGAGAAAUUACUACACAUGGAUAACCGUGGAUACCCGAAACCCGAACGCGUCUGAGCAUGGUUUUGAUUUUCUACCCGUUUCACAUGUGGGUAUGGGUAUGGGUAAAACCCGAACUACUUUGGAUAGGGUAACGGAUAUGGACUAUCCGCCCCCGACCCGACCCGACCCAUUGCCAUCCCUAGAUGAAGUUACAACAUAUUUUGACAUUAUGCGGGCACAAAACUAGUUUCUAUCAUAAGAGUCUAUAACAAAAUGCAUAUUUUUUAUAGCAUUUCCUUGUACCAUUUCAUGUCGUAUUUAACAAUUUGAAUGUUUUUGUGGCUAAUUUUUUCUUUUAUGGUAAGGAUGUUAUAAGUUCAAGCAGGAUGGAAUCAUAUUAGAAAAUUAAUAGUAAGAUUGGUAAAUCACCAAUUAAUUUAGAGUAUCAAACGACUAAAUUGGAGAGAAAUUACAGAUGAGUGGCUAAAUAUCAUCAAUUCAAAAAUACAACUACCCAACAACAGGAAACAUAUCCAAAAUUAAAACACUACCAAGAAACUGAAAUCCCAAGUACAGCACAUAGUUUAAACCAGUUAAGCAUACAAAUCCAGAUCCUCUUAUUUCCUUUUUUCUUAUACAUUUACCUCACAGAGAUUCACACUUCUCAUCCACAAACUCACUAGUAUAACUACUAAUUCGCAAUUCGUAAAUUCGUGGAUAACAUGUAUGAAUCUUCACAAGUAAAAAUCCACCAUUAACCACAUCCACUAACACAUUCUCGAGAGUCUGGGGCGAAGUGGUUCAGUGUCGCCAAAAGCGCAAAUAACUGGAUAGAGCUUCUCCCUAAUUAAAGAACAUAACAUGAAACAGCGCCACACAAGGCCGGCCUCCCCACCACUUUUUCUGCCUUUGUCCGAGUCACACUUUGUGACAGAACAAACAAACAAACAAACGGAUAAUCCGACAUUCAUCAUCCUUUCCUGAUUACUACAAAAGCAUAUAAUAAUGUCGGGAAGAUUUGACAAUGCCCUGUACCACUUGAACUCUCCCAAUCCCCAUCAUUAAUUUAAUUUCACUGACCUUGUCUCUUAUUGCUGGCUGCUCGAGAAGAUCCAACAUCGUCGUUGAUUGGCGUCCGAAUCAACCCUGAACUUGUUUUGGCCGGCUCGAGGCGCAGCUGUGUGUAAUCUACCUACUUGGUUCUUCUCCCGGAUCAUAAAUCAUAAUUCUGCCGUUUGUUUUUAUGAUGUUUCCUUCCACGACAAACACCUGAUGGUUACUGUCAUUUUGUCUCUCAGGUUCUGUUUCAGCAAAGUGGAGAAGAAAACCCAUUUCUCAGAAUUUCAAGCUCGCACAAGGUUGUUGUCGGAGAAGGAAGAAGACAAAAAAAAAAAAAAAAAAAAACCUUACAGAUGCAAGGUUCUGAUCUUGAUGUAGAAGCAGCCUCCCCUUCUGAUCUUCAGGUCGAUCUGGAAAAUGGGUGGCCCGUCUCGGACGUAAAAGUUUCAGGGCGCAGCAAAAGCUCGCAUCUUUCGAUCGAGAUCCCAAUCGGACCAGCCCCUUGUUAUGCUGACAGCUGCAUUGGGAAAGGCAUACUCCACUGUCACAGCUUGCGGUUCAAGAUCAACAGCUCCAUAUUCGACGACGCCGGUGGCGGUGGUGGUGGUGGACGGAGGAGCCUCUGUCUCAGUUCACUCUACACAGCUCAUCCAGACAGUCCUACCAAGAACAGACAACCGCUCUGCUGGCGAGACUGCAACUCGCUUCCCGCCACACCCACGGCUCCUAUCUCAGCCUCGGCCACAGGCUCAGACCACCGGCCGCCGAAAGAGCAGCAGCUCCUAGUACAUCCUUCCAAAGAUCCAAAGGUCCCAACCAUCGUCAUCGAGACCGGCCACGACAGAAAAUUUUCCGAAGACGACGACGCCGGGAUCUGCAGGAUCUGCCUGGACACGAUGAGGGAAGGGAUCAAGAUGAAAAUGGCGUGCAGUUGCAAAGGCGAUCUCAGGCUGGUGCACGAAGAUUGCGCAGUGAGCUGGUUCAGCACAAAAGGGAACAAAAUCUGCGAGAUAUGCGAUCAGGAGGUUACCAAUUUGCCGGUGAUCGUUUUCCGGGAAGACAGCUUGGCGAAGACCGAAGAAGAAACCGAGGACCUAGAUAGCCAGACCUGGGCGACGACGAACGAAAGAAGUUCAGUGCAGGAGUUUCUGUGUCUGGUGCUGAUGAGCACGAUAGGGUACUUCUUCGUCCUGGAGCUUCUUCUGAUUCAGGAGAAGACGUCUCGUGGGCUCUCUAUUGCAGCGCCAUUUGCAUUUGGCUUGGGGAUUCUGGCAUCAAUCUUUGCUGUAAUUCUAGAGGUAAAAGAACAAGUAUGGAAAUAUGCAGUACUCGAGUUCGCACUCGUGUCGGUGGCAAUCCACCUCUCUUACAUGAUGCUGAAGGUGGAAUCGGUGUACUCCAUAAUGUUGGGUUCGGUAAUCGGUAUGGUGUUUGCCAUGGGCAUCAACACAUUGUUCAGGCAUUGCACUUCUCCAACUCACGACGACAUCUAGGAGACUUGGAGCAGUCCUCUCCUCGUGAGCUAGUUAGAUCCAUCCACCUUGUAGAAGGAUUUUUUGGUGCCAGUUCAGUGGUACCAUUAGAGCUUUUGGAAGACAGUAUAGAAGAAAGCAAAUGUUACAAAAGUAUUAUUUCAUUUGUAUUCCCUAAUGGUGUUCUCUCUAUACUAUAUACCUCACUUCAUGAGGGAGCCAAUUGCGUUAGAGUUUUUUGUUUUUUUGGUUCCUUUUAUGUAAAUUAGUGUUUGUAAACAGCCUAAAAGAAGAAAAUGAAUGUGUUGUUCAGUCAAUAAUAUCAUGUUUUCUGUCAUUCCGAACAAUAGAUUUGGUGCUGCAGGAAACCUCCGAGCUACAAACAUCAGGAUUGGUUUCAAAAACCAUUAUUAAGCGCUCGAAUAAUGCCGAAUAGGCAAU